AUGCCAACCGACGUAGAGUGGACAAAGCAGGAUGGCGCCGAAGAUCCUAUCGGCUUCCCGAACUACUCAUCUGGUUUCUCCAUCUUUCCCAGAAGUAACGCCAGCAGCUUCCGGACGCGGAGCAUGUAUGAGUCACGCAAACGCGUCUACAAUUCAGCAUCCGUACUCUACCAGGAUACCCCUGUUAAGGCAUCCGAAACUCCCCUGUAG